AUCGAUUACAAUUGAUUACAACCGAUCAGGAAAGCCACAAGGAAAAAUGACUGCGAACGAAAACUUUUUGGUUAAUCGCCUGGAUGUGGCUAUACGCAUCGUCAAGGAACUUAAUUUAAAUGGGAAAGUGGCAUUGGAGAUGCUCAUAAAGCAAACCAAGCUUACGGAGCUACUUAUGGAAAAAAUGUUUCAGGACGGCCAAGAGCAACAACAAGAAGUGCAACAGAUUUGUCAAGUCGAAAGGACAGUAGCCAACUCCAUGCCUGGAUUGCCUUCGAUCGAAAACCAAGAAGAUGAAACAAAACCGGAAUUUAUCGAUUUGCGUGAGAGGCAAAUCGACAAAGACGUCAAUGCAGACAGCCCCAAAACUUUGAAUCUUUCUGAAAUUAAAUCAGAAAUAGAGGAUAAACCAAAUUUUUUAGAAACAUUUUCAUCAGUUGAAAAGGAUGACGACGAUGAGAAGGAUGACAAAGAAAUGGCGCAGAUGGUAUUGAAUAAAGAUGAAGGAAAAAUGUCUACAAAACGCUAUCUAAUGGAAUGCCGCAAAUGUGGCAAAUCAUAUCGCUAUCGUGGCUCAUAUGUAAAGCAUAUUGAAAAGUGUCCCAAGCAACUAAAGACUAUUACAGCUUUGAAUGAACAUAAGCUCGUACACACAGAGGUUCGCGAUGUUUGUCAGGCUGGCUUCAAGGACAAGGCACGUCUCAAAAUUCACCAUCAGAACCACGAGGAACCAUACUUUGAAUGCUAUAUUUGUGGUCAAAGGCUGAAGACUUUUCGCACCUGGAACAUGCACAAUUUGGCGCACAAACUCACACCUUAAGUGCGAGAAUUGUGGUAAAAGGCUGAAGACUCGUCAGACCUGGAACAUGCACAAAUAGUAUAUAUAUAAUAUAUUAUAAACAUGUGCACAUUAGCUUUCGUAAUAAAUAUUAUUCAAAUUUAA